AGCAUCCAAUAAUUCCCGCUUAGGGAAUCUAAUGUCUCCGUGUCGCCACCUAACGAUUCUCCCGCCUCACUCGCCUCUGACUCUUACUUCUCCCAAGAACUUCCAAGUCCAUUUCUCCCAUUUUUCAGGCGAAGAAAAUGCAACAAAAACACACGGAAACUCCGUCGGACUUGCUACAAAUCCUUGAAUUUCCGUCCACCGACGAUGGUAAUAUCACCGGUGAUCCUACCUCUGCCUCCCUCUUUGACUGGUCCAAUUUUCUUGAUUUCGACCUCGAUGACAAUCUGAACCUCGCCUUUGACCCACAAGCCAUCCAUGGACCCGAAUCAGAAUCUGGACCCGGUGUUGACCCUAUUCAGCCCCAAAGUCAACAGCCCAAAAAUUCAACCAGGGUGAGGAAGAGGGACCCAAGAUUGGUCUGCUCGAAUUUUUUGGCGGGGCGGAUCCCGUGUGCUUGCCCGGAGCUGGAUGCUAAGCUGGAGGAGGAGGAAAGUGGGGAUCAGUCGGGUAAGAAGCGGGUUCGGACUGUCAGGGUCCCCGUUGGAGCCACGGCCAGGUGCCAGGUCCCGGAGUGUGAGGCCGAUAUUAGCAAGCUCAAAGGAUACCAUAAGAGGCACAGGGUCUGCUUGCAGUGCGCCAAUGCUAGUGUGGUGGUUCUUGAUGGAGAGAGCAAGAGAUAUUGCCAACAAUGUGGAAAGUUUCACAUUUUGUCAGAUUUCGAUGAGGGUAAACGUAGUUGUCGCAGAAAAUUGGAACGCCACAAUAAUAGACGUCGAAGAAGACCCAAUGAUUCUAAAGGAAGCACUGAGAAGGAGUCUCUGCAGGUUGUUUUAGUUGAUGAUGUCAGCUGCAAUGCUGACAAGGGAAAAGAUAGCAUAUGCUUGAGCAGUCAGAUUGCAGAACCGGAAAUAUUGUUAGAGUCUGAAGGACAUAUGUCGACAAUAAACUCAGGACUUGGUUCCCAGACUAUCCAGAGGGAUACUUUUUUGGCGUUUGCUGCUUCUGGUGAAACUCAUCUUGAUGGGGAGAAAGAGAAACCCAAACAGAAAUAUUCCCCUUCCUAUUGUGAGAACAAUAGCUCUUUCUCCUCUUUGUGCCCUGCUGUUCGGAUCUCAUUCAAGCUCUAUGAUUGGAAUCCUGCUGAGUUUCCUCGUCGACUUCGGCACCAAAUAUUUGAGUGGUUGGCCAGCAUGCCUGUUGAACUGGAGGGGUAUAUCCGUCCAGGUUGUACAAUUUUGACUGCUUUUAUUGCAGUGCCCAAAGUAAUGUGGCUCAAGUUAUUGGAGGAGCCGGCCAAAUGUAUACAAGAACUUCUCGCCUCUCCUGGAAACAUGCUGUCUGGAAGAAUGCAUGUAUAUCUAUAUAACAAGAUAUUUCGUGUCACUAAAGAUGAUUGUGUAGUGGAAGUCAAGGUGAAUGAACAAGCUCCAAAGCUUCAUUACGUUUAUCCAACAUGCUUUGAAGCUGGGAAGCCUUUGGAGUUUGUAGCUUGUGGAACCAAUCUCCUUCAACCAAAAUUUCGGUUUCUUGUAUCAUUUGGCGGACAGUAUCUGGCAUAUAAUAUUUGUGUUUCUUCCAUUGGCUGUAAGAAAGAAGGGGACACCAACAGUGUUGACCACCAGUUACUGAAAAUAUAUGUCCCUCCAACUGAUCUCUAUCUUUUUGGCCCUGCAUUUAUUGAGGUUGAGAAUCUGUCUGGUUUAUCAAAUUUCAUUCCUAUUCUUAUUGGGAACAAGGAAGUUUGUGUAGAAAUGGAGCUGUUGCAAAAAAAUUUUAAUACGUCUCUUGGCUCCGAAGAACAACAGUUUUCCCUGAGGUCUGCAUGUGAAAUUUUGGCCACAAGACAAGCUGAGUUCUCGAGGUUUCUUUUGGAGGUAGCAUGGUCACUCAAAAAACCCAUAUCAGAGCAACCGCUGACAUCUACUCAAGUACAAAGAUUCAACUAUUUACUGAAUUUUCUGAUAGAACGAGAAUCUGCCGUCAUUUUGGAGAGAAUAUUACACUGCAUGAAAUCUAAGAUGGAUAAUAAUUUUGUGGUUGGAAUUUCUGAUGCUGAUAUGAAGUUAUUACGGGUAAAUAUGGAUAAUGUGAGAAAUGUACUUCAUCAGACACUAGAGGAAAAAAAAUAUUCAGUAAGGCAUGCGUUGGAUGGAAAUUUUUUCAGUCAAAUCUCCCAACAUGAUAGUCCUCCUGUUCCAGCUACCAAUCAGGGUCUCAAAUGGGCAAAGAAUAACUUGGAGUCAAGAGUGGCUUUACCUUCUCUAGGUGAAAGUGCAACUGUUCCCCUUUUGAAUGGAGAGCUUCUGAUGAGUGUAAACCUUGAGGAAAGGCCGGGAAAGUCUUGCAGUCGCUUAUUUACAAUGACAGUUGUGAUCUCUCAUCCACUCGUCUUUGCAAUUGCUGCUGUUGGUGUUUGUUUUGGAAUAUGUGCAGUUGUUCUCCACCCUCAGAAGGUCAGUGAGCUUGCUACCACUAUUGCAAGGUGUUUGUUCGACGACUCCUAGUGCAUAUCUGGUACACGGUGGCUGACCAUACUAGACAGUAUAAUAAACACGUCUUUUCCUGCUGCUGCUUUUUUCAUCCUUAAUAUUGUUCACUAUUAUACAACCUACCUUACCAAACAAGUUGCAUAGAUUGAGGCAGCUUUGUUGAAUUUGUCCGUGUUUGAGCAAAAGUGACGGGGAAGAUGCAUGUGAUCCCGUGUUUAUGACAUGAAAUAUUAUCGGCCUCGGAGUGACCUUGUAUAUAUGUUCCAUGUUAAGAUAAUGUAACGGUUUAUGGCACACUGGUUCUUUGUACAAGAGAAUUAGAUUUGGGUUCAUGAGAUGAAAAUGAUAAAUAUUGUCUUCU